UGUUAUUGUCGAAAAUGGAGGAGGAUUCAGAGAUUGAGGUGAUGAGCGAGAUUCACCUUGGUUGCCCUCCCGCCGCCACUGACGAUCCCUUUCUUUCCCGUUUCACCUUCUCUUUUCCCUCCAAUACUGUUAGUGUAGAUAAAGAUGGCGAUCUUCUUCUUCCUAGACGCAAUUACCCUAGCCCAUCGUUUACUGUCACUAUUCAGCAUUCUAUCACAUCAAAUCUCCGUCAUGUUGGUCUGCAGGUGUGGAAAGCUCAACUGGUCUUAUCAGAAUUUGUGCUGCAUAAGAUUUGCACCUCAUCUGAUUUCCAUGGCAUUGUGUGUCUGGAACUCGGUGCUGGAACAGGGCUACUCGGUAUUUUGCUUGCACGGGUCGCCAAGGCUAUUUUCCUUACUGAUCAUGGAGACGAGAUCCUUGGCAACUGUGGUAAGAACCUGGAAUUGAAUUCAUCCUUGUUUCACCCCCACACUGUGGUAAAUGUUCGUGAGCUCAACUGGAUGAGCGAUUGGCCUAUUCAAGACACCCAUGCUCUGUCUCCUUUGUUUAUGUCAAGCUACUGUUGGAACAAGCAGGACUUUGAACUAGUCAAAUGUUCAAGCUUCAUUUUCGCGGCAGAUGUGAUCUACAGCGAUGAUCUAACAAUUGCGUUAUUUAGCAUGCUAAGGAGAGUAAUGUCAUUCGGUUGUGACAAGGUGCUAUAUUUGGGAUUGGAGAAACGAUACAACUUCAGCCUUGAUGAUCUCAACGUUGUUGCCAAUGGCUACACCUGCUUUAGAAGCUACGUCAAAGAAGAUGGAAUAGGUAAGCAAGAGAAGAGGAGUUUUGUGGGGAAGCGCAUCGACGUCACACAAAUCCCCCACUACUUGAAGGAUUACGACAGAGGAGAAGAUGUUGAGCUAUGGGAGAUCAAAUAUGUACUUCGAUUAAAAUCCCAAUGUCUGAUUUGA